CUAAAGAGUUAUCUACCCCUGAAUUUUGACUUCCUGUUAAAUGUUUUACUAGGUUUUUAUUCAAUAGCAGGAAAUUAUGAAGAAGUGUAUACUCUUAAUUUUCGUCAACGUUGUACUUUCAUCAACACAAGACCUUGGUCUUGCUGAUGUUUCCUGUAACAAGAAUCUUCUAACAUGGCAACAAGCGGUCAAAGAGUGUGUAGUGAACGGAAGAGAACUUAUUUCAUUUGAGACGGGUCUAGGUAAAAAACUAGAGGAACUUGAUUUAAAAUCUGAUGUGGAUAUAUGGACAGCCGAUUACCUUACAAGUUCGAACUCAGGUGACAGGUUCUGCGGAUUUAGAUAUCUCAACAGCACAUUAAUGUUUGAAUACCCGAAAGAGAUUUAUGGUAAUUGCAACGAAAGUAGAACCUACCUAAGGAUACAGGAAACAGGGGAGGCAGACGUCUUCAACAGUCCUCGAGAAAUUGUCGGCUGCCACGGUAGAAUCACAACGUCAAUCCCGGGAUUUUUAAGUUCAGCCGUUAAGCCUGGUUACUAUUGGACUAGCGAGAUUCUGAAUGGGAGAUUGGUGCAAGGGACUGAGGGUACAUCAGUGGUAUUAUGUGGCGCUUACAAAAGUUCCAUUGGAAGAUAUUAUGCAGAAUGUACCGGGAAACGUGUUUCGUUAUGUAGCAUAAACGGCUCAGAUAGUUGGAUACUGCCCAGAAAUAAACACUGUUUUGGUUAUGAAAGUGCCACACCAUUUACUGAUACUGACACUUCUAAAAACGUCAAUUCAGGUACAAUAACGGCGAUAAUUGUAAUACCAGUUGCAGCAUCCGUCGUAAUAAUACCUGGAAUAUGUGUAGUCAUUCUUUUAAGAAAAAGACUUUCGGAAAAACAAAGUCAAAGGCCUGAUAAACCAAUGAAUGUUUCUAACUUGACAACAGUUUCUGAACAAAAUGAUUAUGACUUCCUAGAGCAAAGGCAAUUAGACGAACACGAGUAUUGCUCUGCAAAACAGGUCCACAAUGAUCGUGUUGGAAUGAAUAUAUAUGUCAAGGACGUUUCUUUUACAAAGAACAAUUAA